AUUGAACUUUUACAAGUCAGAGCGCACAUUAACUCCUGGCUUGAGCAGAAAGAAAAGCAGAAAACUCCCCCUACAUUUACACACAAAACCCACUCAACACACCACCCAAACAAACCACCGUAAUCAAACCUCCAAAACGACGCCGUAACGAUGUUCCGCAACCAAUACGACACCGACGUGACGACCUGGAGCCCGGCCGGCCGCUUAUUCCAAGUCGAAUACGCAAUGGAGGCGGUGAAACAAGGCUCCGCCGCAAUCGGUCUCCGAUCCAAGUCUCACGUGGUUCUGGCCUGCGUUAACAAGUCUAAUUCCGAGCUCUCUUCUCAUCAGAAGAAGAUCUUCAAGGCCGACGAUCAUAUCGGCGUGGCUAUCGCGGGCCUCACUGCUGAUGGACGCGUGUUGUCUCGGUAUAUGAGAUCUGAAUGUAUCAAUUAUAGUUACUCUUAUGAGUCUCCUCUCCCUGUUGGUCGCCUCGUUGUUCAGCUCGCCGAUAAGGCUCAGGUUUGCACUCAACGCUCAUGGAAACGGCCUUAUGGUGUUGGUCUUCUGGUAGCGGGUUUGGAUGAAUCCGGGGCCCAUCUUUACUACAAUUGCCCAAGUGGUAAUUAUUUUGAGUAUCAAGCUUUCGCUAUUGGCUCUCGCUCACAAGCUGCAAAGACAUACUUGGAGCGCAAAUUUGAGAGUUUCAGUACCUCUUCCCGAGAAAAUCUAUUAAAGGAUGCACUAUUUGCGAUAAGGGAAACAUUGCAAGGAGAAAGGCUUACAAGCUCCAUAUGUACAGUGGCUGUGCUAGGUGUAGGAGAAGCAUUCCAGAUAUUGGAUCAAAAAACUGUACAAGCUCUAAUUGAUGCUUUUGAGAUAGCAGGAGAAGAAGCUCCUGCUGCCGAGGGUGAUGCUCCAGACCAAAGUGCAGCUGGAUCAGGUCCUACUACUGACCAGGGACCACCAGCUGAGCCAGAUGUAGCUCCUAUGGAAACUUGAGGAUGUAAAAGUAAAAUUACAAUCUGUUUAAACAUUGUUCUAGAAUGAGACCUAAAAAAAUAUGUGGUGCUUGAUUAUGGUACUUGAUUAGUCAAGUUGUCUUCCACCAUAAUACAUGCAUGUGGUGUUGUGUAGUCUUGUUGCUGCUCCAGUUCCGUGUUGCUACUGCUGAAUAUGCUUACAGACUUGCAGUGUAAGCAGUAUUAACAAAACGUGCAACAUCCUUGGCAACAAUUUUGGAUCUAGACAGCAAUGUUUGGUAAUAGAGUAGACUUAUAGUCAUACAUACAAAGUAUGGUAAUUGAUAUUUCAAAAGGUCUUCAUAGUAGAUGAAAAGAGCAGAACGUAAGAGAAGUUGGAAGUUGAACAAAGGACCCAAGUGUUUUAUUGCAUGUAAACCAGAACAUGAACAUCAAUUUGGUUUUGCUACACUACAAAAUGGCUCAAAAGUUGGUUUUACCGGGCAGUUGAGGGUGCGCGAGUUUCUUUAAAGUCUUCAGGUAUAAGAAUGCAAAUAUGUAGAGUUGCUCCAUUCAGGCACCAAAUGGUAAGAAACAGAAAAGCAAAUAUCAUUACAAUCUUAUAUUAAGUGGGUGUUUGUUUCCCGCUUUUAAGCCGGACUUCUGGUUUAUAAGUUAGAAGCACUUAUUUCGUACCGUUUGUGUAAAAAGUCAAUAUGCACUUAUAAAAAGCUAGGAAUGCUAGCUUUUGUUUCA